CGUGCGACGAGGUCCCCCCAGACGCAGCAGCAGCACACGGCCGUCGUCCUCCGUUUCCUCCUCGCCGCCCCGGGGCAGCCCGCUAGCCAUUCUCUCCUCCUCGAUUUCCCCCGUCGCGGGAUCGCCGGAUCUCUGUAGCACGCCGGCGGCCGGAGAAGAGGAGGAGGAGGGGGCGCUCUCAAUUCAUCGGAUCGGCGUGCCUGUGUUGUCUGCGGGUUCGCUUUUGUUUUUGGUUUUGUUUCUUUUUUUAUCGGCUCAAGCUAAAUAAGAUUCGGGGGCGGUCCGUCGCCAUGGGAUUUGGAAUGGGGAAUAACGGGGCGAGCUCGUCGUCGUCGCGGCUGGACCCCGCGCCGCUCCUGCCGCACCACGGCGUCGCGAGCGCCGAGAUCGGGCUGUCGUCGCAGCCCAAGACGUUCGCCAACGUCUUCAUCGCGGUGGUCGGCGCCGGCGUGCUGGGGCUGCCGUACACCUUCUCGCACACGGGGUGGGCGGCGGGGUCGCUGCUGCUCUCCGCCGUCGCCGGGCUCACCUUCUACUGCAUGAUGCUGCUCGUCGCGUGCCGCCGCCGCCUCGCCGACGAGCACCCUAAGAUCGCCUCGUUCGGGGACCUCGGGGACGCCGUGUUCGGCGCGCACGGGCGGUUCGCCGUGGACGUGAUGCUGGUGCUCAGCCAAGUGAGCUUCUGCGUCGGGUACCUCAUCUUCAUCUCCAACACGCUGGCGCACCUCUACCCGAUAUUCGCGCCGUCGUCCUCCGCCCUCCUCUCCCCCAAGGCGCUCUUCAUCUGGGCGAUGCUGCCGUUCCAGCUCGGGCUCAAUUCCAUCAAGACGCUCACGCUGCUCGCGCCGCUCAGCAUCUUCGCCGACGUCGUCGACCUCGGCGCCAUGGGGGUGGUCCUCGGCCAGGACGUCGCUGCGUGGCUCGCCAAGCCCCCACCCGUGGUCGCCUUCGGCGGCCCGGGCGCGCUCCUCUACGGGCUCGGCGUCUCCGUGUACGCGUUCGAGGGCAUCGGCAUGGUGCUGCCGCUGGAGGCGGAGGCGGCGAACAAGAAGAAGUUCGGCGUCACGCUGGGGCUGUCCAUGGCGUUCAUCGGCGUCAUGUACGGGCUGUUCGGCGUGAUGGGGUACGUCGCGUUCGGCGACGCCACGCGGGACAUCAUCACCACCAACCUCGGCGCCGGGUGGCUGUCGGCCGCCGUGCAGCUGGGGCUGUGCAUCAACCUCUUCUUCACGAUGCCGGUGAUGAUGAACCCCGUGUACGAGGUCGCCGAGCGUCUGCUCCACGGCAAGCGCUACUGCUGGUGGCUCCGGUGGCUGCUCGUCGCCGUCGUCGGGCUCUCCGCCAUGUACGUGCCCAACUUCACCGACUUCCUGGCGCUCGUCGGGAGCAGCGUAUGCGUCCUCCUCGGGUUCGUGCUGCCGGCCUCCUUCCACCUCAAGGUGUUCGGCGCCGAGAUGGCCUGGCCCGGGGUGCUCUCCGAUGUCCUCCUGGUCGUGCUCGGCCUCGCGCUUGCCGUGUUCGGCACGUACACGUCGCUGCUGCAAAUCUUCCACUCGUCCAGCGUCUGAUCUCCACCAUGGCACGCAUUUGCUAUGCGCCGAGCAAAUUCAUCCUCGGCGCAUUAGUUUCAGGUACGUUGGUCGGGCCUCUGCUCUGUGUACAGAGAAGUGGAACAGGGGAGGAAGGAACGACUGCCCUGCCCGUCUCAGCUGUUCGUUGAUUUGGGCGUGGAUUUUGCGUCCAUCGUCGCAUUGUUCCAGGGCAGAUUACGGUUCAGGUGUUGUUCGUGAGUGGGUUGUAUAGCAUGGGGAAAAUCUGUAUGCUUUUGCAACGACAGACUUGAGUUACCCCCGGUAGCAAUGUACUACGAAUGUAUGCGUCCUAGAUGUUCCUCCUGCCGUGCACGAUGGAUUCGGUGAAAGGACAAGGUUUUCGGAUCAUGGAAGCUUAUCUGUUGUUGAAGUGUCAGUGUCCCAUGGUUGUUACUUGCACUUGAAGAGCUCAUGUCUUGUGAAUUGGCCCUUCGGCAGGCCGAGGAACUGGGUCGAGUUCGAGUUAUCAUUAGCCGUCAAAGUAUACUCUUUUAAGUUUGCGUCUUUUUAAUUGGGAAGCCAAACUGGCCAAGCAAUUGGGACGAGCCGUAUCACCACUUGUUGAUGUACACCUUUAAUUUUAGUCUUGUUAUUAUAUGUGCCCACGCAAUUGUGUCAA